CUCCACGUGAGGACACAUAGCCCAUUGGUUUUGUGUGGGAGAAAUGAUUACUCAACAAAGCGCCCCCAGAGAAAUGCGAGAGAGUGAUUGGAUCAUACGCCAUAUACCAGGUAAACAGGCACUGGUCAGAGUGGUUGCCUCCUUCCUCUCUCGCUGCCCCUAGGGGAUCUCAACAGCUGUACAAGGGGGUGCGAUUACUGCAGAGGAUGUGGACAAGGAGCCUUUAAAUAGCCGCUACCAAAACCUGAAGGCAUCAGAGCGCUCCCCCCCUGUGUAGGAUACAGCGGCAGAUACAACGUUGGGCAUUUUAUUGGGACAGACAGUUUGUGGCAUUUAAUUAGAACCUCUCCAACUUGCUUGAACAUGCACUCGAUACUCCUUAUUCUUUUCCUGGCUGUGUUGCGCGGUUUUCAGAUUGGAAGUACUUUCCCCAUCCCCUCUCCACUGCUGAAUCCCACCUGGGGGGACCCGAAGAGACUGGUGCACCUGUACACUUCUUCAGACAAGAGAAGCGUUCACUUGGCUAUCAACCCGGACGGGCAAGUGGACAGAACACCUAUCCAGACUCCCAGCAGUGCAAUGCUAUUAAAGUCAGAUGGAAUCGGUCUUGUGGCGAUCAUGGGUGUGAAGAGCGAACGCUACCUGUGUAUGGAUGCAAACGGAAAGGCUUUUAGCUCAGCUGUCUUCAACAUAGAGUACUGCUUGUUCCAGCACGAGCGCUUGGAAAACGGAUACGACGUGUAUCAUUCAUCUAAGAGCAACCUGGUGCUCAACCUUGGUGGCAGGGCUCACACCUACAUUCCUGGCGGGAACCUGCCUCCUUAUUCCCAGUUCAUAUCUCUGGUGAACACAGUCGAACUAGAACAUUUUGUGCGCAGGCGGAGCACCAGUAUCCAUGUGGACCCUUCAGACCCCUUCGGGAUGUUUACCGCCAACAGCCAACCUGCCACGGGAGAGGACUCUGUGGAAACCCAGGCCUCCAGGGAAGUCCCAGCCCUGUCCAGAGAGCGCACAAGAUCAACGUACCACGAUGAGGUGGACCCCGAUGAUCCUUGGAGACUGCUAGAUCAUAAAACCAAUAGCAGCCCCCGCUACUCAGUGAGAUAAUAGACCAGAGGGGCUAGCCUUUUACAAAAUUAGAUAUAUCGUAAGAGUGUGGGGGGUGGGGGUACUUCGUGACAUCAUACAGUGGUCUGCAAAACCAAUUGUUUAGUACUAGGGUAUUAUGCAGAGCUUCUCAGAGCUGGUAGGGAGUUGUUUCUGGCUUAUAGAGUCCAAAGAUUUGGAGAAUUAAAGUUCUUCAUUUUGGAAAGUUUCAGCUUUCAGGGGUGGAGGUGGGGUAGACGACAUGAACAGCAGUUCCUUCAAACAAAGCUCUGCUAUUCCGUUGCAAAGAAUGUUUAGGACCAUUUUAGGCCUACAAAGAUAAAUCCGAUUUUACAAGAAUAAUAAGAACUAUUAUGGUAUCUGUUUAACAUGAAAUGUACUUAUUUAAUGUUACUGGUAAUAUUCUUAUGUAGUGUUCUCAAGUUGCCUCUUGAAGGAUACAUGCCACUUUAAGUAAGACACACGCCCCCAGCUCAGACUUGCAACGCACCUUUGCUUGCAGUUCAGUUCAGUGUUUUAUAGAAUAUAAGAACGCUCUGCAAAUACACAUGCAUGUGCUAUACUGCGGACAGCGGACCAUAUUCACAGCACAUUCAUAUCUUUUUAAAGUUUACUUGGACUGUUGUUAAAGAAAACCAUGUACAGUCUAGAAAAGCUUAACGAACGCAUUUAAUUAAUCCAAAACAUUAAAUAAAUCAGCAUGUUUUGUGAAUUAGGACUUCCUAAUUCAUUGUUCCAAAAUUUGUUGGUACAGUACUACCAAAUUACUGUCAUAUAUGGAAGUAUACAAGUGGUACUGUAUAGUGCAUCCCUGACAAAUUCAGCUCUAAAGGACUAUGGCAAUAUUUGGUAUGGUAUUUUUUAUGCUCAAAUUAAUCUGAUUAUUUAAAACAAUACUGGGAGCAUAUUAUUUUAUACCAUACUGAAAAAAGUGCAAAAAAAUUGCGCCAUAUAUUAUCCAAGCAAAUACAAAAUGGAAACGUUACACUGUAAACAAGAAUAAGCAAAGUGGAAGACUUCAAUUUAUUUGUUCUAGUUACAUUACCGGGCCUUUUUUUUCAAUUUGGAAAAAGUGAUGACAAUUUUGUGCUGAAGGAAAAAAAUAAGCAAACCAGAAAUAUGGACAAUAAUAUAAAGUUUUCUCAUAUGCAUGCUCAUCUAAUGAAAUUCAGCUCUCUGGUGGUUUUCCGUGGAAUGACAUGAUCAAAAUUGCUGGGCAACUUUAUCUUGGGUACCAAUGUUCUUAGUGUUUUAUUGUGGCAAGCCUUAGAAAAAAAAUAGGACUUGUAUUACAUAGGUGUUGGACACCACCAGCA